AUGGGACCUCAGUUCGUGAGUGGAGUAAUUGUGAAGAUCAUUAGCACUGAGCCCCUGCCGGGCAGGAAGCAGAUCAAGGAUGCUUUGGCAGCACUGGCUGAUGUUGCUUAUGUUGACAUGCUGGAGGGAGACAUAGAAUGUCACGUCCGUUUUAAAACUCCUGAGGAUGCGCAGGUUAUCAUGAAAUCGUACAAAGAAAUACAGAUCAAAAACAACUGGAAGUUUGAAGUUCUCACUGGUGAUCACGAACAACGUUACUGGCAGAAGAUUCUAGUGGACAGACAAGCUAAACUUAACCAGCCUCGAGAAAAGAAGCGGGGUACUGAGAAGUUAAUUGCUAAAGCUGAAAGAAUGAGACUUGAAAAGACUCAACAAACAAGUAAACAUAUUCGCUUCACUGAAAAUAACUGA